AUGGGAAAGAAGACCCCAAAUCACAAGCCUGCGCUGGGCCUGAAUUGGGUUAACUUCUUUCGCAGAGAUGAAAUUGGGUUAAUACCCUGUCCUGAAGCCAGGUAUAACCGGAGCCCUAUAAUCCUGGUAGAAAACAAGCUUGGUGUGGAGAGUUGGUGUGUCAAGCUUCUUUUGCCAUAUGUGCACAACAAACUCCUUCUCUAUAGACAAAGAAAGCAGUGGCUGAACAAAGAUGAAUUGAUUGAUAUCACGUGCACGCUGCUACUACUAAACCCAGACUUCACCACUGCAUGGAACGUAAGGAAAGAACUAAUAUUGUCUGGCACUUUAAAUCCAGUUAAGGAUUUACAUCUUGGAAAACUGGCAUUAACUAAGUUCCCGAAGAGUCCAGAAACAUGGAUUCACAGACGAUGGGUGCUGCAACAACUAAUUCAGGAAAACUCCUUGCCAACUCUUGUAACUAAAGGGAACUUGGGAACAGUGCCUGUGGAAAGAAUUCAACGAUUGGUACAGGAGGAAAUGGAUGUCUGCUGUGAAGCUGCUGGGAGGUAUCCAAGCAACUACAAUGCCUGGUCCCAUCGUAUUUGGAUUUUGCAACAUUUGGGAAAGCUGGAUGUCAAGAUUCUCCUUGAUGAACUUUCUUCCACUAAACAUUGGGUGUCCAUGCAUGUUUCAGACCAUAGUGGAUUCCACUAUCGCAAGUUCUUAAUAAAGUCCUUGAUUAGCAGAACUGUGACCAACAAUUCUAUACUGGUGCAAAAUCAGCUGGUAAAUGAGCAAACCCCCAGUCUUCCAAAGAAUGAAAAAAAUGAAGUGUUUGAAGCUGCCAGUACAGAAGAUCAGAGGAUAGAUCUUGCCCAUCUUCUAGAGGAAGAGUUGGAGUUCUGCACUGAUCUUAUUGAUACCUUCCCUGGGCAUGAAACGCUGUGGUGUCACAGACGGCAUGUGUUCUAUCUUCAGCACCAUUUAAGCAACAAACUUCCUCUUACAACUGUACCGUUGAUCUCUGUGGACAGCAAUGAUGGAACUUUGAAUAAUUCACACCCCAGUACAGCAGUCAGUCAUGUGAGUCAAGCCAUGGAUGUUGACGGUUUAAAUGAUUCAAGCAAACAAGGCUAUACUCAAGAAACUAAACGCCUGAAGCGUGCCCCUACACAGGAUUCUCUUGGCUUGGAAAUGGAAUACAGAUUCAUUGAUAACAUUUUAGCAAAUUGCAGAGACGUAGAACAGGCCAGGUUUGCUACUGCCUACAGGAAAUGGCUAAUUUCUUUUCUAGGUCAGUGAAAGAAGUGUUGCAACCUUCAGGGUUCUCUUUUAGUGCAAUAUUCUCUUAUCAAACACAAAUGCAUGUCAUGGUCACAAGUGUUUGCUACCCAUGUACUUCCCACCUUUCUUUAUGGUCAGUGCUAAACUUCAUAUACAGAAUAAUAAUCUUUUGUUUUAUUUAUUAAAAAAUCGGGCAUACCUUUUUAUUAAGCAAAUUUAGUUUUACUUAAACUUUACACAAUUUAUAUUUUUACUUGUCAGACUUCAUACAUAUCAUUGUCCUACUUAAAUCUUUUUUUAAUCCUAACAUGGCUAUGAACCAUAGGGCUUUACAGAAAAAAGUUUAAAAUUAUUUUGGCCCAAAUGGAAUGUCUGGAAAACUAAUAGGUGGAUCUGUUGUUGUAACAUGAACCAUCUUCCAAAUUAUUCUUUAUAAUAGUGAAUGUUGGUAAUUACUCUUAAAGUUGGUGGAGUCAUCUUUUUCAAUCAUAGCUCUUCUGAAUUGCUGUGUAGCAAAGAUCAAGCUGCACUUUUCCUGUCUUUAGUUCCCCUUUUUCAUUAUUUGUAAGGGCACAUAUUUCUACAGUACUGGAAUUGUGCUUUUUGUUUAUUGUCUGUGGCAUUUUAUUUGCCUUCCACAUCUAUUGUACAUGAUUGAUAUCAAAGCCUACAAAAUUGACCUUGUCAAGUCAAAUACUUACUGGUAGAUGCAGGAAAAUGAACCAUGUUUCACAAAUGUAGUGAAGAAGUAUGGUUAAAUGUGCGGCAUUUGUAGGCAGAGUUCUUUCUUUUAUGUCAUACUUGUCAUUUUUUGCCUCCAAUAAGCCAGAGUUAAGACACUUUAUUUAAAUUUCUGAAUGUAUUAGGUACACUACAGAGUUCUACAAAGCCCACUAAACAGUACAUGUUAGUUUUUCUAUAGCUUUUUAAGGACAUAUGAGUAUCUUAGAUGAUGGGAUAAAAAAAGGAGUUAUGCUGACAGUUCUGAAUACUGUUUAAAAUAUGUGGUGUCUUCCCCUCCAUGCCUGUGUGUGUUGCUUCCUCCCACUAAGCAGGGCAUCAAUUUCUUUUUUUUUUCUCUGUCAAUGAAACUUUUCCCAUCCAACCCUCAAGCAUCUGUGUGCUGGAUGGACAAGUUACACAGUUUUAGGUUAUUUUUCAUCUUAAUUUUCCUUUCGGCUACCAGUGCAGGUAUGUAUUAAUACUUGUACUGGCAUUUUUAUCAGAACUUUAAUCUAUAUGAGGGACUUCUGUACCCAUGCAGUAGCAUCUGUGUAGUCGUGCAAGUACAAAUCCCUCAUGUAGAAGCAUUGUGUCACUCUAAAGCGAGCCUUGCACUAAGGCAACUUUUACCAUUGUUGCAAACAGAACAAACUAGCUGAGAGGAACCAGAGCUUCAGGAGAGCUCCUUUGCCACAAUCCUUUGCACCAUGUGCUUCCCCGAUAUGCUCAGUGUCAUGCUGCUGCAUUUGCUGCUCAGAGUACUAUGGGCAGUAGAAAGGCACUGGAAAUACAUGUGAUUCCUAUAAUCCCAAGUCCCUUUAAGAAUCUUCUGUUACUAGAGUUUCUCGUGCAUGUCAAGGGGAAAACCAAUCUCUUGUAUGGCUUUAGCAAUGUGGUUGAAUUUAACAGUCUUCUGGGAAAAGAGCAACCAGUGGGGUCAUUCAGGAAACAGCCAUCAUAGGUUCAACAGAGUCUCUAAAUUUAAACUCCCCCCUUAGAUUUUUAACUCUGCAAAGAUGGCUGCCUCCUGUCACUUGGCAUUUCUUCUCAUAGCUCUUCAGUGGCUACAAUGAGUUCAUAGAAAUACUUCUAAUUGUAUGUACUUCCUGGUGAUUGCUGGAAGCCUAGAAGUGUGAAAAUACCUAAUUUUGUGUCUUAUCGGUUCAAAGUUUACCUUUUUUAAUAUAAAGGUAUUGGAGGAGGGAGAAAAGUGAAGAUAAUUUGUGCCUUGUGAAGUAGGAAAUUAUUAUAUGAGGGAGUUGAGAGAGGGAGUCCCCUCUUCUGCUUGUACCCUAGUGCAAGUUCUUUGUUUUGGGGGAGAGAGAUUGUCAAGAGUGGGUGGUAGAACAAGAGUUGAAAUUCAUUAUUUUUUACUCGACUUUUAGACUGAAGUCUCAAUUAGCUCCCUAGAGCUGUAUAGUAGAAAUAUUCUGAUAUUGAAUUUGACAGCCCUUCCAUCAUCAUAAACAUGUAGGGUCAAAUUCUGUCCUUUCAUACAUAUGUACAACUUCUUUUGUUGUCACGGGGAAUUAAGCAUGUGUGUAGGAAGACACACACAAACCAAAAAUACAUUUUAAGACCUGAUAUGCAUUUUCAUACUGUAAAGAUGUCCUAAUAGGUUUCAGAAAGUGAAAGUCUGAUUUCCACAAUUGCUAUAAAAUUUCAAAGAAAACAAUUACAUUAGUAAAUAAAAUACUCCUUUCCUGCAGGUUUGCAUUACCCAAACCUUGCAUCAUUGAAGACUCAACAUUGUGGGAAUCUAUAAGCAAAAUAGAAAUUUUGAUAGAAAUGAACAAACUAAAUGAACAGAAUUGCCAGGGAAAACAGUAUAUUUUUAAAAAUUAUUUUAAUCUUAAAGAUCUAUGGGGGUGGUAAAAAAGAAAAGGAAAUAGUCUUUUUAAUAAAAUUUCAGACGUCAGUGCCCAUUAGCCUUUUAUCUGAAGUGAUUAAUAUAAUUCUUUGGGAGUACUGUAUAUCUUCAAAUUUAGAGUUUUAUGAUGACUUGUAACCAUGAUCUUUCACAGACAUGACUACUUAGUUUUAAUUUGGCUAGUUUCUUUAAAGUCCCAAUUUGGGGAAGGAGGUACAUAAUAAAUAGUAGUAAAAAUUUAGAUGCAUACCAUUGGUAAUUAAGAUGCAUAAAAGUUGCUGAGCACAUCUCCUCAGUAUUAAGUAACACUGUAUUUGGCAUUUACUGUUUCAUAGGUCAGAACAUUCUAACUCCAUAAUUAAAUGGAGGUUGUGCUGGAUGAAUCAUCUGACUGCAGACAUGCAGCACCAAACAUUCAUUUUUAUGAUUCUUUUUUGAAAGGCAAUAUAGAUAUAAAUCAGGCUUUAUCCAGCACUAAACUGUCUGGGUCCUUUUUAAGGUUCAGUAUCUGUUAACUCUCUGUCCUUUAUUAUAUUGUAUGGCAUUUACAUCGGUGCAGACAUUUUUCAUGUGCUGACUCGGUCUUAUAGUAACAUCUUUGCACUGGAAAUGAAUCGAAGUCUUUGAACAAUGAAUGUCAUUUGGAAUUCCAAAAGUAGUUAGUUGUAUUUUCAAUCAAGUCAGAAUGAACAAUCACAUUUUUAAAAUGAUGGAUAGUGCAGUAUUGCCUAGUAUUGCAUCAGCAAUUGGUUUUUCAUCUUAUGUGGUGAAGUCAGUAGGGCAAAACAUACAGUGCAUCCAAGAUGACUGUAGUGAUGGAUGACUACAAUGCUUGGCUGAAUGCUUAGUCUUUAAAAUAUGUUCAUUGUUUUAAUACGAGAAAAUUGAAUUGUCAGUUGAAUGAGUAAUUUAUUACUAGUUAAAAGAGCAUAGUGAUUCUGUUUAACUGAAAUUAGCUUAAGCAUUUCAGUGUCUUGUGUUUACUUUAGAUAUUAUGUAUGAGUCCUUUUGUACUCUUCACCUUGAAGUAGGUAAUUUUAAUGAGUCUUUGAACAGUACUGCAUAAUAUUCACAACCAGAAUUCAAAGGAUCUCGAAAGGGCCUUUUCUGCUCAAUCAAACCCCGCUAUCAAAUCUCAUAAGAAGGCUUAUUUUAAAAAUGAACCAAAUACAGCAAUUGUGGAAUACUGAAACAUUUUGGGCUACAGGGAUUUUAUUAUUUAAACUUCUGGAUGAGGCUCCCCCACAUCCCCUCUAUAAACCUGUAUUGCAGCUUCCAAGGUACAGAAGUGAUACUGAGCUUUUUGGUCCUUUAUACUAUUAUUUAAAAAAUAAGCUGGCAAACUCAGUCUUCUGCAGCUGUGAUUUUCAACUUUUUUGUAUAGGUGAACCCUUUCACACAGCAAGCCUGUGAUUGUGGCCCUCCACUUUUAUAAAUUAAAAAUGGUGGGGGUGGUAAUUUAAUUUAUCAGGGGCUCUGGGCGCUCAGCCUCCCAGAAUUGACAAUUAACAAUCUCCAUGUAACCACCUCGUGACCCCCAGUCUGAGAAUACCUGUUCUACAGAGAUCUUGAAAUCAAAGGUAGAUGGUAGCUACAUGUGUACUGGUUCCCCUCUGUUUUGAUGUUUUCUUGUCAGCUUUGAUGUUGUGCUUCUUUAUAUAUCAUUUGAAAAUGUUCUUAAGAUGCAGCUUAGUAACAAAAGAAGACCAUUGUAUUCUCUACCGUGUUUUUACUUCUCUUUCCCAUUGUACUCAGAGAAUGGUUCUUUCUGAACUGCUAGUCCUCUUUCCCCAUCUAACAAAGAAUGUGAUGAAGCUAUGGGGAGGUGGCCUCAUUUAACCUAAGGAUACUUUGACUACCUCCCAAAAAUGCUGUGAUAUAGUGCCCUUAACUUUAGUGGAAUUCAUCAGGUUCAUUCACAAUCUCAGGCUAAGCCCAAAUCGCAAAAGCUUUUCUCAGUAAGGCCAUAUAGAAACAAAUCUAGAGGAAAUAAAAUAAAAUAAAAACAUAGCCUCACCAACUACUUCCUCUGACAGAACGUUGUAUUGGAAGAAACUUGUGCUUCCAAGAAAAUUCUUUGUUUGUCAGUUUAUGCUUUCAAAAUGUUAAUAUGCUCAAUGAUUAUAAACUGGAUAUUUCCUUGUGGCUUUUACUUGGUGUGUAAUGUUACUUCUCAGGGCAGAGAUUAUUUUAGUGAAUUAGGGUGAAUUUUUACAAUGUAUAGUCAAUGGCUUUAAAAAACAUAAGUAAUAAAUCUAUAAUGGGCUCUUAAAAUGUUUAGUCUAGAAUAGUAUUGUGUACAUAGUCACUAACUAAAACUGUAGCUAUUUACUUGCUUUAGGCCAGCCUUUUUCCCACUUGUCCCCAAUACUCACUUUCUAUACACAAACUUUACUCCGAAUCUUAAAUUUCUCUAUAGUGAUAUAGGGGCCGGAUCCUGAAAGUCGCUGGAUACCUUUUGGAUACCUCCCAAGUGCAUCCAUGGUCAUGUCCCAUCGAUGUGACUGGGAAUUGAAGGCACUCAGCACCUCACAGAGCCAGGCUUUAGCAUACCAGGAGAAAUGUAUCUAUUUUGUAUUUGUUGACACAUGAUAUAUUUUUUAAUUUUCCAAACCAUGCUUUGAGUCUGAACACUAGAAUCAAACCUCUUUUUCUGAGGCAGAAGGUUUUUAUUCAUCAGUGUAUGUAUCCUACAGCUUGACUAAAGAGCAGAACUCUUGACUGAAGAGUUUUUAUUCAAGCGUUCUUCUGUGUACUGUCUGGAACUUGUUCAUAAGACUAGUAAAUACAUGUUGUUGUUUUUUAAAGAAACACUAACAUAUCUAUAUGUUGUGCACAUUGAAUAUUCAAGUGGAAGAUGAUUAUGAUGAAGCAAGAGAGGUUUUAUUGGGAAGACUUAACAUUUCACAGAAGAUGUGAAUAAAGUUGACACCUAGAUACUACAGAAUGGUUUCUUAUACAUACACAUUAUGAAUGGAUAAAUCUAUAGUAUAGAGUCUCAUUAUCUAGUAUUGCAAGUGUCAUUUGUGAUAUAAAAUAUCAGAAGAAAAUGUUUCUUACAGGGCAAAAUACACCUACUGUGAUCAUUUCCCUUUGUUCAGGUUUUUACUUUGUGAAUUGGCUACGUUUAUUGCAGUGUUCUCAUUUUGUAGCAGUGUGCUUGGUAAUGUUGAAAUAUAAUAGAAAAAUUGGAGAAUCGUUAAGAUAGUAUUGGAAUCCAUGGUACUGGAAAUAUUUAAGUCAGUAUUGUAGUAUCCAUGUGAACCAAUGAGCAUUGUAUAAUUUCAUAAAGCCAUCACUUUAAUCUAAAAUUUUUUAGCUUAAUUAGGAGAGAGAGAUACCGUAUUUUCCGGCGUAUAAGGCGACUGGGCGUAUAAGACGACCCCCUAAUUUUCUAGUUAAAAGAUAGAUUUUCGUCUUAUACUCGCCGUAUAAGACUACCCCUCCUUAAGAGGC